AUGAAAUCAGCUAUACUCAAAUAUAAAGCUAUUAUUUUUUUAAAAAAAAGAAAUAGCCUUAUUUAUUAUAGAAAUUCUAUAUUGGAAUUAUUUAUUUUUACUUAUAAUAGUAUAUAUCUGAAUUUCUUAAUCACAGAAGGUCAUGACCAAUAACCAUAAAUUGAUGCAGAAGUUUAUGCGAACAAAUUAACGUAAAUGACAUAAAACCUGAUGAAUUUGCCCAUUUAGCUGAUAAAAUAGGAGACAUUUAUAGGAAGUUUGGAUAUAGGGAUUAUAUUUGGAAAGAACAAAUCACAGGGAAAAUCUGAGAAAGAGGCUUUAUUGAUACUCUUGAUUUAAAAGAUAGGGUUAAUGUUUGAAAAGGAGCUAUUUUUAUAGGUGAAAAUAAUGAAACAAUAGAUUUUUUGAGGCAAAAAUUGGUAGAUAAAAUUAUUGAUGGCAAUGCAGAAAAAGUGUCCAUAGCUAUCCUUACAAGAAUCUUGGACUGUAUGAAUACGACUAAUUAUAAUGAUCCAAAAAUUAUUAACUUUAUUGAAAAUUUGUUAAAAUCACCUGAAUCUUCAGAUGGAAAAAUAACUGGAAAUUUCGUAGGCACUCUUCUAAGUACCUAUGGAAAACUAAGAGUUGACCCUACAAAUGUAUACCCGAUAAUCAGUGAAAUUUUAGCAUCAAAAUUCUCUCUCUAUUCGCACAAUCUUAAGGCCUCAGUUGCCCAUUCUUUAGCACUUAAUGGGAUCGCAGACGAAAAUUUAUGAACAAAUACGAUUUUUAAAGAACUUUUAAAAAUAAAUCAUAGGACGCUAACAACCUGAAAAUUGUCAGAAAUCCAUCACACACUAAUAAUCCUUGAGCUGCUACAUCCAUUUUUUAAAGAAACUAAGCUUUAUAACUCAGGCAAAUACAAAAACAUGAAGAAAAAAACACAAGAAGCUUGGGAUCGAGUUUUCAGAGAAAAAUACAAAAAAGACUACAGGAAUAUGAAAGGGUAUUGUACUUUAUGAUUGCAGUCAAGACUUCAUAAGGAUAUAUUCAGCACUUUCAAAAAAUUGAAAAUAAAAUUGAUGCCUGAGUAUCAGACUGAGUAUCCAUAUACAUUAGAUGUCGAUUUAUUAUAUAUUUUUUCCCUUUAUUUUACCAGAAUUUCAUAAUAAUUUCUAUAUAUGGCUAAUAUAAAGAUAAUAAAAUACCCUCCAAAUACUGUUAUUGAAAUCCAAGGACCUUAUCAUUACAUCAAGCCUAAUUUCGAGCUAUGUGGAAAAACAGUCAUAAAAAACCAGCUUUUAGAAAAACUAGGAUACAGAGUUAUAAAUAUUCCACAUUUCAAAUGGGAUUCCUUAAAAAACGACCAAAAACCAGAUUAUUUAUUAUCUCUACUUAAAUAA